UGCACAUGACAAACCGAUCAAGAUGGACAUGCUCCAGCUUUUCGGCGACUAUCUUCACCUGCUCGGCGGCGUGAUAUUGCUGUUGAAGCUUUUGCUGACCAAAAAUUGUGCCGGCAUCAGUGGAAAAACUCAAAUACUCUUUGCUUUGGUAUUUACUAUGAGAUACCUCGAUUUGCCGCUCGAGUUGCAAGUUUCCUUACUGUCGUUCGUUAUCAAGAUCAUUUAUUUGUUCGUCAUAUAUCUCACCGUCACCUCCAUCGUGGUGAUUUUUAAAAAAAGUUACAAUCAAGAGUACGACACGUUCAGGUUCGAGCUGCUGAUUGGCGUAUCAAUAGUGUUGGCUCUGCUGGCCUCUUACAAAAAAUGGGAACCCCUUGAGGUGCUGUGGUACACGAGUGUAUUUCUCGAAACCUUCGCCAUUUUUCCCCAAAUUCAAUUUACAAUACGCUCCCGCUACGUCGGCAGUUCGCUGCUGUUUUACGUCGGCCUACUCGCUUGCUUUCGCACCUUCUACGUGGCCCAGUGGGCCUAUCAGUUUUUGGCAUUGGAGCACAUCGGUAAUUACGUCGUCGUCGCUACCGGAAUAGUCCAAUUCGUCAUCUACUGCAGCUACUUCGUUUGGAUGAUAGUUAUAUUCAAAACCCAAUACGUGAACCUCGAGAGUCAAAUCAUCAUUCAGCCAGAUGUUUUGACGAUCGUCCAGGCCAACGGCACCGAAGACGCCAAGAAAAUCGAACCUUUAGAUAAAGAAUAUAAUUUGUACGCCGUACAAAACAAAUAUAUAUACAUAUGUGCCACUCAAUUCUUGUACAUGAUGGUUUAUGCAACGAGAUAUUUGGACCUAUUCACUGUAUUCAUAUCGAUAGAGAACACGAUUCUAAAAGUAUUAUAUAUUAUUCUUGGAUACUGCACAUUACUGACAAUAUUUCUAUUCUUCAGAAAAACUUACGAGCAUGAAUAUGACACCUUUAGGAUUGAACGACUUAUAAUCCCAUGCCUUGCGAUGGCGAUGCUAGUCAACUACGAAUUUGAAACUAUGGAGGUCCUUUGGCAAUUCAGUAUGUAUCUUGAGGCAGUGGCAAUGGUACCGCAGUUUCAUUUUAUCGCCAAAGCUAAAUACAUUCACAAGCACAUGCUUUACUACAUUAUGGCCCUUGCCACUUACAAGGCGCUCUACAUUGUUCACUGGAUAUAUCGCUAUUACGAACGUAACCAAUACGACCGCUACACUCAAGCUAGCGGGGUCAUACAGUUGAUGCUUUAUUGUGACUUUUUUAUUAGAGUAAUUCCCAAACUGAGUCUAUGGGAAUCUCUAGGAGAAAGAGUUAUAGUCGAUGAUAAUUCGAAUGACUACGACAACGAUGACAAGAACGUAGCUAACGUGGAAAACGGUGAUAUGUCAAAUAGCGGUCAUUUGAGUUCCAAUAUAAGUACAAUCGUUCUGACUCCGGCAAUUUUGGCUACUUUGGACUGUGACAAGGAAAACCUCUUAAAAGAAUAA